AUCCUCCAACUUUUAGUUGCAUCAUUGCCUCCAGCAGCUUGCAUCGCCAAACCCCACUCGCUCUCUCCUAUAUUCACCGCCGCGACUCACCUUCAAAAUGACAUGCAUGCGCGCGCGUGUGAAUAAACAAGUCCAGUCGUGCUGUCUUUUAUCGACACCAGGGAUUGCAAAAUCACCACUCAUCCGAAGAACUUGCAGCACUCAGGUGCGUGCUGUGCAUGACACUAGGGCAACCAGGGCCGUCCAUCUAGAUGUCUUCACUGCGCGUCGGCAUGCCAUGUUACCAAGUGGCGGCUUUGCAACGCCCCUCUCGAAAUGGCGGAAUCUCCCAAAUGCGAUAAGUCAGUCCGGAAGAUACUCAUAUAGCACAGCCCCCGUCGAUGUCACACAGCCUGUCAUUCACGAUGUUUUUGAGUCAAACACAGGAACCUGGCAAUACGUCGUUGCAGACCCAGCGACGAAAGCGGCUGUCAUCAUUGAUCCAGUCUUGGAUUAUGACCGCACAACUCAAAUUAUCACCACUUCUUCAGCAGACGAGUUGCUUCGACUGGUCAAAGAAAAGAGCUACCGAGUCUUGCGGAUCCUAGAAACUCAUGCACAUGCAGAUCACCUCACUGCAGCUUCAUACCUACAGAAGCGCAUCGCAGAAGAGCAUGGUAACAAGCCACAGAUUGGCAUCGGAAGGCGCAUCGGACAGGUACAAGAUUUAUUCGGCCAACGAUAUGACGUGUCCAGCCAAGAGCGUCAUGGUGUUUUUGACAAACUCUUUGAAGACGAUGAGAGUUUCAGCAUUGGUCACCUGAGCGCGACUGCCAUUCAUCUCCCCGGGCACACGCCCGACCAUCUGGGCUAUAAGAUCGGAGACAAUGUGUUCUGCGGUGAUUCCCUUUUCCACGUGGACAUUGGGACUGCUCGAUGUGACUUUCCUGGGGGAAGCGCCAACAACCUUUAUCACUCGGGCCGCAGGCUUCUUAGUCUUCCAGACCACGUCAAAGUUUGGACAGGCCAUGACUAUCCCCCGGACGAUCGAGAAGGCCCGGUACCAUGGAUGACAGUCAGCGACCACAGAAAGCUGAACAAACACUUACGGGACGGUAUCACCGAGGAGGAAUUCGUUGCGCAACGCAAAGAGCGCGAUGCUAAGCUCGGUGAGCCAAAGCUACUUCACCAGUCCCUGCAGACAAACAUCCGAGCUGGCAAGCUGCCACAACCAACGGCUUCUGGGCACCGUAUGCUUCGUGUACCUAUCAAACUUGGAGACCUGCAAUGGUGAUCAACAAGAUGCCGCUGGUCGCGGUCGGGAGCGUGAACACUAUGUCAAUCAUCUACGGAGGCUAGCACCGCCAGAAUGGGCGGUCUUGAGCGUGACGGGGAUAUGAAAGUUGGUGGCGAUCACCGAGAGCCUCAUUCCCGGUUAUAUGUAAUAGUGAUUGGGUUGUUGAUGUACCAUUGUGGCAUUGCCUUGAACACUAUUGUGCCCAGAGGGAAAGCCCGCGCCCGGGGCGCGGAGAACGUAAUGAGUGGGCUUGUAAGAACCCGAUUGGCAAGGGAGGGGAACGAUUAUUUGAUCGCACUCGCCUAACUUCUGAUUGCGUCGCCAAUUUAAUAAAAGCUGAUGAAUUCGAUCACGCUUGGUAUUUGUGUUGUUCGCACAGAGACAACGCAGAGAGUAAGGCUAAAUGCCACAACUGUGGUCGAAGCUUAGGGGCAGGGUUUGACACGCGCUUGAUACACCUACUGUGUAAGGCACGUGGGCCACUGUCAAUGUAACAACACAACGCAGGCCCACAAGUGGGGAGGCACAGUAGCUAAACUCACUGAGCUUAAAGGUCCUGAGACCAUUCCAGUGAAGGCAAUUCUUGGCCGAGUCGGCUCCCGCUUGGCCUUUGCAAUCAAAUGCCCUUAUGGAGGAGUUGCGUUUUCCCAUGGCCAAACAGACGCUCUGGGCUAUACUCCAAGCAAGCUAAGCGCAAAGGAAUUCCAUGUCUACCAGUGUUUUGAAACCCGUCGAAUUGACCCCUGUCAACAGGAUCGAAGACAACCUCGAAACCAUUGAAUUUAAGUAAGGACAAAAAGCGCCCAUUGUUGGGUACUUCAGGUUCGUCUCACCAACGGCCCUACCGAGGCGACCGACUUGAAUGAAAACACGGGAGGAGACGAAAAGAUGUAAUGAAAUCAUUCGCUGCAGCGUUCGAUCCGGC